AUGGAAGGCCCUUCUGCAGCGAUAGUGUUAGCCUCCAUGGAGGUAGCUUUAAAUGCUGGAUAUCGGCACGUCGACUGUGCUUAUUUUUACCAGAACGAGGCCGAGAUCGGAGCAGCCCUUCAGAAGAAGCUGGGGGAAGGGAGGCUGAAGAGAGACGAGCUUUAUGUGGUGAGCAAGCUGUGGAACAGCUUCCAUGCCCCACAGGAUGUGAGGCCAGCUUUCCUGAAAAGCCUGACGAUGCUGAAGCUGGAUUACCUGGAUCUCUAUCUCAUGCACUCUCCAAUGGGCUUUCCGAAUAUCAACGGGGAGCUCAUGCCUCAGAAGGACGGCUUGCUUCUGCACUCGGAUGUGGACUACGUGGACACCUGGAGGGCGAUGGAGAAGCUGGUGGACGAAGGCCUGGUGAAAUCGGUGGGGGUUUCCAACUUCAACGUCUCCCAGCUGGAGAGGCUGCUGUCCGUGUGCAGGAUCAAACCUGCCGCCAACCAGGUGGAGCUGCACCCCUACCUGACCCAGUCCGAGCUGGUGGAGUACUGCAAGUCUAAGGGGAUUGUCCUCAUAGCAUACAGUCCCUUCGGCUGCCCUGCCCUGCCCUGCCCUUCGGGGGAGAACAGCCCUGUGCCCCUCCUAGAGAAUCCCACGGUGAAGGAGAUCGCUCAGAAGCAUGGAAAAACCAGCGCUCAGGUUCUCAUCCGCUUCCACAUUCAGAGAGGCAUCGCCGCCAUCCCGAAAAGCAUCACCCCGGCCCGCAUUGUGGAGAACGCAGAGGUAUAUGACUUUCACCUGACACACACCGAAAUCCAGACGCUGGAAGGACUAGACUGCAACACGCGAUUUAUUAAAUGGAACCUGCUAGGGAUGGAGACACACAAACACUUCCCAUUCAGUGACAAGUAACUAUCGCGGCCUAAAGAAAUGGCAAGUCAGUCCUGGAAGAUCCGGUUCCCAGUAAAUCAACUGCAUGUAUUGGCAAGCUUUUGAAAUGAUCCAUAUCAGCCUCUCAAAAUCCUUCUGAAAUGUCCUAGGCAAGGUAAAUUAAAAUCUACUUGCCUACCUGUACACUGGGGUUAAAACUAAUUAUGUUUUAUGCAUCCAUUUUAAGUGACGUGAGAAUGGAGGAGAAGAAUUUUACAAGGGUGAUUUUAAAUAUUUGCUCAGCAAAGGACAAGCGGGGGUGGGGAAUCUUGAUAAGCUAUUUGUUCUCUGGAGACAGUUUCUAGAUGUGGGGGUAAAGGAUUAGACCCUUCUGUAAGGUUCCCCUGAUUUUCUUUCAGUAACAAUAAAAAACAGCUGCCCAAUGACAGCAUUUAGCA